CGACAAUUCUAGCGUUUGAGACUGACGAGAAGGGCAAGAAGUUUAGUGCUACCCUUCCCUGGUUUGUCAGGGUGCGCAUAGCAUCGACUCCACACGGACUCAAUUUUGAAAGUGUUUUCAGAUAUUUAAGAUGAAUCUGAACUAUACAUCCCCCAUGCCUCAGAUGCCAGCCCAGAGGUCAACAUCGUUCUUCAUCGAAGAUAUUUUAUUACACAAACCCAAGCCUCUGAGAGAGGUCUUCCACUCGCCGUUCUCAAGCUCUCUGGCGUCCCGAAUGCCUCUCCUAGAAUAUGGAUACCCACUGAUGCCCACUCCGAUACUAGCGCAUCACCCGCACCAUCCUCUACAAAAACUGGACCAUCACCAGUAUUUCUUUACGUCUGGGAUGCAAAUGCCGGCAUUAUUUCAGCAUCAUCCAGAGUUACCCGGCAAGCAUUGCAGACGCAGGAAGGCGAGAACGGUUUUCUCGGAUUCUCAACUAUCUGGUCUUGAAAAGAGAUUUGAGAUACAACGGUACCUAUCCACGCCAGAACGAGUGGAGUUGGCAACAGCGUUAAGUCUCUCGGAAACCCAGGUGAAAACAUGGUUUCAAAACAGAAGGAUGAAGCAUAAAAAGCAACUGAGGAAAACACAAGAUGACCAGAAAAAUCCGAAUGACUUAGAUAGAUCCAUGGAUAACGCAAGUGAGAGUGAACUCAACGAAAAAAAUACAGACGAUGUUAACAGUGGAAUCGAGCCGAAAUCGUACAUUUUGGAAAAUGAGGACGAUGUUGAUAUCGAGGAUGACAUUUGCUCGCCAGAACCUUCACUAUAGAGCAAGUGGCAAGUUGUUUUAAAAACAAAUAACCAUGACCCAUUGUAAAUGUAAAUAUUGAAUUGUGUCUUUUCCAUAUGAAAUUAUAUAUAGCUUUUUUUAAACAAAUCAAUGAUAAUAAUGCAAAGUAGUAUUUAUUCAAGGGUAUGCGUAAUAUGUCACUACACAUUCAUUUUAGGCUCUGUCUAUAUUUAUGUUUUCCGUGACUGUAAAAUGCAUCAUAUCAAACAACUGUACAUACAAAAUAUAA